CAUUCCAGAGUGGCUGUUUUUCCUGACUGUGAAUUUCCCACUGGAGCCUUUCACAGUUGUUAGCUAUUUUUUAUCUCUACAUAAACAAGAGAGGAGGUGCCUCUGAAUAAAUUCACAACCCUUUCUCUGCACUCACUUUGCCAGUUGAAGAACUGCUUUCUGAAGUAAAGCCCAAAGUGUUGGGGCAAUUCCAAGGAGAAGUGUAUAGGCUGGAUUUAUCACUUUGCAUCAUCCUUCAUGUCUUCAACUUUUGCAUCAUAUUUCACGUCAUCAUCUUAUACCACCAGUGGCUGCAGAUAUUGUCACUCACUCAGAAUCAGAAUCAGUUAGUGCAGUGUUAUCGAUCAUGUUGAGGCAACCUAGUACGAGACCUUUUUGUCAUCCCUCAUGCUAUUUCAGCAAAUGCUCUCUGUCCACAGAAAACAAGCAGCUGCACAGAUGCUGCCUUUCCCAUGGAAUCACACUAUGACUGCAGGUGCCCCUCUUCAAAAUCUCUCUGACCAACCUAUCACUAGCAGGCAAUGAAAAGCAAGCUUCAAUUCUCUGUGUCACAGAAUGAGGCCCUGACAACUCUUUUUUGCUCUUUUUUCUGUGCAGAAAUAUUUUCAGAGACCAUGGGUCUUUGCAUGUGAGUAGCUCAUUGCCCUUUGAUUGGAACAGUAACUGGAAAGCUGCCAGUAGAGAGGGAUUAGUCUUGGUGUAGAAUAUGGAUUUAUGCCCUCAUUCUGAGUGUACCCAUCUAAAUAGUUCAACAAGGUGCCACUCUGUAGUGGUAUAAGUGGAGGAUUGGUGGCACACUAUUAGGAACUGGGAGGAACUAAGGAGGAGUGGGACAGUUAUGUUAUCUCUGCUUCCAGAUGGGAUCCCAACCUACUAUGCAUUUCUGUGUUGGCUUUAUCAGAGCUCAGCACUUCAUUAAGAGGACUUUUUAAGCUCUUAGGCAGAGAGUACUCUCCACCUCAUCUUCACAUAUAGUCCUCAGGAGAGAACUGCCUUAGACUUAUCCAAGUCAGAGUUUUCUUCCUUUUUGCAAGAACAAGAGUGCAAGAUACCUUAGAAUUAAGAGCAAUAUCAAGGUGGACAUCUACACCAGCUAAAGUUGGAGUGAAGAAACAAUUCAUAAGGCCUCAGUGAUUCUAGACCCUUCCCUAUGGAUUAUGGCCCCACUUCUACCAGUAAGCUGUCUGGCUUGAUUAAUGACCUCUGAAUUGCUUUAGGAAUCUAACGAACAAUCUUUGGUUGAAGAACUGUCACAAAAACGUGAGUGCAAAUUAAAAACUUCAGAAUUCAAGAAAAAAAGGAAAAGAAACAGAUGCAGGUGUUCUCUACUUCAGCUCAAUGUUCCUUAUAGUGUCUUGGGUGGACUCUAGGAUGUCAGUGCAUCUACUGGCCAGCCUUCUGUUGCUGAUCUCCUUGCGAAGACUGUCUGUGUCCCACCUUAUGAUGGACAUGGCUCUACAUUCCUUUGAUGAUCAGUACCUGGGGUGCAGAGAGCAGGUGAUGGAAGAACUGGAGAGAGGAGACUAUUUCUAUAAGGAAAUAGCUGCUAAUAAAAACUAUUUGAGUCUUUGGAAGAAGGCUCAGGAGGCUUUGUUAAAGAGCCCUGUAGGCCUCUUAAGGGAAAUGCAUGAAAGUCAUGCCAUAGUCCUCAUGGCUUACACCAUGAAUUCUUCCCUGCACUCUCAGCUGAACUGGGCCACAUCCACAGCAGGAAGCUCUCCAGAGCAGUACAGACACAACUUCACUUUCAAAUAUUUUCACUUUUACCUAACAACUGCAAUCCAGAUAAUGAAGCAAUGGCAGAGCAGCAAGGAGAACAUGGGGAAACAUAAGUGCUACCGAGUGCAUAGGGGUGUAAAAGACUUACAUAUUGAAGCCACAGUAGGCAGAAGAGUACGAUUUGGCCGUUUCACCUCUACAUCUCGCCUCUGGAAUGAAGCCCAAAAGUUUGGAAAUGAAACUUUGUUCACAGUGACAACUUGCCUGGGAGCAGCUCUGCAAGGCUUUUCUUACUACACAUCUGAGAAGGAAGUCCUCAUUCCCCCUUAUGAGGUGUUUGUUGUCAAAAACUUCUUCCGGACAGAGUAUGGCAACCGGCUGCACCUGCAUUCUGUGGGGAAUUACAGCAAGUACCACUGCCAGCUCUUGGAAGCUUCAAGAAUCAAGAACAGUGGUUCUACUGCCUCUGCCUCUGCUGUUCUUCCUGGUGCAGUUGGAGUUUUCUUGUGGUUGGCUAAGCAACGACUGAUUCUCUGGCUACAUCCAGAUGUAUACAUUUGAUUAUCAAGACAGAAAAAUAGACAGGAAAUCAGUCACUGGAGUUACUGUUACAGAAGGUUCAUCACUUCCUUUGUUUUCAGCAGCAGUUCUCCAGAUGGAACUGGGUCAUUCAGCCUAGCUCAUCAAAACAAACACUCCCUGGACUCAUUCAGACAGAAGGGCAUUUAAUAUAUGGCCUAACUGAAGAGUAGGGCAGUGACACCAUUCACUGUAGGUAGUUAGUCCCUUAGGCAUUCAGGAAAGACACACAUGGACUUUAACAGCAUCUAUACAGAUCUCUUAGUAUCUUUAUUUUUAGUGAGAGAGCAUCUGGCUGUGUGAUGGAGAAGGCACCAUGGUGGUAGACUGUGGUGGGUAAGUGUUCUUCCUUACAUAUCUCCUAUAAGUGCUGUGUCCCAGGAGACAGCUAAGGCUAUGGCUGCAGCACAUCAGCCUUUCCCCAAUACAUGAUCCCAUACACCAAAGCCAUCUGACAGCUCUCAUCUCAAACUGUCUGUCUGCAUCUCACACUUGUAGGACAGAAACAUAAAGCUUCCUUGAGACAUGAACUUAGCAGCAGAGGGUCACAAGAUGUGUCAGGCCUGUCUUCAGCUUUUAUGUUUGGCUUUAGCAUUUUGAAAAAGGCAGGUGAUGUGUUCAUAACAGUCCUCUAGUGGCUGAUGAAUAUCUGUUGGUUAUUUUACUGUGAAAUGAAGGAGAGCCUGUGGAACCCACUGCUCUCUUCAUGGAUGUUGGAUGUGAUUGAAAUUUAUUUACCUGUCUUUUUGCUUCAAUGCUCUGCAAUGACUAAUACUGGGGGUUGAACUUCUACAUGUUCACUUACACGUUCUGGGGCCUUAGAUGCCCAAGCUAGAACAGCUAUGAAGUUCUUCCAUCUACAAAAAAUAACGAUGUGGAAAAUAUAAAGAACAUUUUCUGCCUGCAAAAUCCCCCUUCCAAUAUGCCUACCCUAUUUCUUCGCCCCUGGUUCCUCACCCCUUGGGCCUGGGCUGAGCCUAUGGUCAGGAGACCAGUCGUGAUGAUUUAACUUUGCAGUGGAGUCACCAAAUAAUUGAACUGUAACUCUCUGAUACGUUUCAUAAAUGACCCCUGAGUGGUAACACCUCUCAGUCACCAGUGAACUUGGCAGGAAGCUGUCUGUAUUCACCAUCACCUCUCCAAAGUGGUAAGCAACAAGUUAGCUAUCCAAAUGAGAUCUGAAUAUAAGAGGACUGCACAAGUUGCUGACCAGCUAAUUAGUUAAAAGUAAGGAUAUUCAAAAGCACCUGGGUGAACUGCUUUACUCUCUGAGCAGCCCCCUAAAAGCUUGGUAGUGCCAUUCCCUUGGAAAUCCGGUGGCAAAGAGUGCAGAACUUCAGGCACCUGAGCAUUAGAAAUGUAGACACCUAAGGAAUGUGGGGGUCUUUUAAUUUUUUUAUUUUGUU